UAGUGAUACAGAUAUUUACAAGCGUGUGGCAGCCGAUAUUAGUGCGAUUAUAAUAUUGUAAGGCCCCAAAUAUUUCUCCCUGGUCGAAGUUGAAUGACUUAGUGCAGUUGAAUCGGAACAACAUCGUGUAUGAGAGGGUUAAUAAAUUACCGCUUCGCCUUUUCCUCCUCAUCUGGUCAUUAGUGUGUUAGCUAGCUAGCAGCUAGCCUCAGCAGCUGUUAGCUAUGGCUGCAGUUAUUCUGAGUUUCCCAACUCUGCAGGGCCUGAGGAUAUUCACACAAAAACUGUCAUGGACCAAAAGAGGCGUGAGGCUCGUUUCAGGAGGGGUGGGAAGGAUAGAAAAAGUGCUGAUCGCCAAUCGAGGAGAGAUUGCGUGUCGUGUGAUGCGCACGGCCAAGAAGAUGGGUGUCCGCUCUGUGGCUGUGUACAGUGAUGCUGACAGACACUCCAUGCAUGUGGCCAUGGCAGAUGAAGCGUACCACAUUGGCCCUCCACCCUCUCAGCAGAGUUACCUCUCGAUGGAGAAAGUUUUGGAAGUGGCAAAGAAAUCUGGAUCGCAUGCAGUCCACCCUGGUUAUGGCUUUCUGUCAGAAAACACAGAGUUUGCAGAGGCGUGUAAACAGGAAGGCAUCAUCUUCAUUGGCCCACCUUCCUCUGCCAUCCGUGACAUGGGCAUUAAAAGCACAUCUAAACACAUCAUGUCAGCUGCUGGAGUGCCAAUCAUUGGUGGUUACCACGGAGAAGACCAAUCAAAUGAGAGGCUGCAAGCAGAGGCUGCCCGGAUUGGAUACCCCGUCAUGAUUAAGGCAGUCCGUGGAGGAGGUGGGAAGGGGAUGCGUAUUGCACAGUCAGACUCAGACUUCUUAGAGCAGUUGGAGUCUGCAAGAAGAGAAGCCAGAAAAUCCUUCAACGAUGAUGUCAUGCUGGUUGAGAAGUUUGUAGAGGAUCCCAGACAUGUGGAGGUUCAGGUGUUUGGGGACAUGCACGGUAACGCUGUCUAUCUGUUUGAGAGAGACUGCAGCGUCCAGAGGAGACAUCAGAAGAUCAUAGAGGAAGCACCAGGGCCUGAUAUCAGUCCUGAGGUUCGGAGGAAACUUGGAGAGGCAGCAGUUCGAGCAGCCAAGGCUGUCAACUAUGUCGGGGCAGGUACGGUGGAGUUCAUAAUGGACGCCCAGCAUAACUUUUACUUCAUGGAAAUGAACACCAGGCUGCAGGUGGAGCAUCCCGUCUCUGAGAUGAUCACUGGGACUGACCUGGUGGAGUGGCAGCUCAGGGUGGCAGCAGGGGAGCGCCUGCCUCUGCUCCAGGAUGACAUCAUUUUACAGGGACACUCUUUCGAGGCUCGUAUCUACGCCGAGGACCCAAACAACGACUUCCUUCCAGGGGCGGGACCUCUGCUGCAUCUUUCCACCCCUUCACCAGACCAACACAUACGCAUAGAGACUGGAGUCAGGGAAGGGGACGAGGUGUCAGCACAUUAUGACCCAAUGAUUGCCAAGCUUGUGGUGUGGGGAGAAGACAGAUCUGCUGCCUUAAAGAAGCUGCGCUACUGUUUACAACAGUACAAUAUCGUAGGACUGAACACUAACAUUAACUUCUUACUGAGUCUGUCGGGCCACCCGGAGUUUGAGGCUGGAAACGUGACCACCAGCUUCAUCCCUCAGCACUAUGCAGACCUCUUCCCCACUCCAAAGGCUCCCUCUGGGGAAACGAUCUGCCAGGCGGCCCUGGGUCUGGUGCUGCAGGAGAGGAGACACACACAGGAGUUCACUCAGACCUCCACUGACCCCUUCUCCCCAUUCGGCUCCAGCAGCGGCUGGAGAAGCAACAUUCAAUUUAACAGAAACCUGACGCUGCAGCUGGGAGACAAAAAAGUUGAUGUGGUCGUCAUGUACAACAAAGACGGAAGCUACACAAUGCAGAUUGGGGAGGAGGUGUACCAUGUGACUGGGGAGGUGGAAAUGGAAGAUGGAGCAUCAUUCCUGCAUUGUUCUGUCAAUGGCGUGAAGUCUCGUCCCAAACUGGUGAUCCUGGACAACACAGUGCACCUCUUCUCCAUGGAGGGAAGCUCCCAGGUGUCUGUUCCUGUGCCUAAGUAUCUGGCUGGUGUGAGCGGCUCCGGGGCCCAGGGUGGAGCUGUGGCCCCCAUGACUGGAACCAUAGAGAAGGUCAUGGUGAAGGCUGGAGACAAAGUGGCUGUAGGCGACCCGCUGAUGGUCAUGAUCGCCAUGAAGAUGGAGCAUACGAUCAGAGCGCCCAAAUCAGGUGUGAUCAAGAGGGUUUUCUUCAGCGAGGGCUCUCAGGCCAAUCGCCACGCUCCUCUGGUGGAACUGGAAGAGGAGGCAGAGGAGGAGGGGCAGGCGAGCAGCCAGUAAAACAGACUCAAACACACAAUCACAGCCACAAAUACACACUAACAGGUAGGAGAGAGCCCAGAACGAGUUACUGUGACCGCCGGAAGACAAAUGAGCCAAUCUGAACCGGCUUGGCGUCCAUCACUUGAUUAACAUUUCUAAAAAUGCGAGUCAGGACCUGAAUCAUCUGUUGGUAGCGAGUCUGGUUCAGUCUGGAAUGGAUCGGUCAAAUACUUUCACAUAUAGGAAGGUCAAAAACAGUUACAGUGAUGUGAAAUCUCCCUGGGUUCCUCUUAUGUACAGUUGCCUUUAACCCGUCACAAUAUUAUCUUCAUGUUGAUUUUAGAACUUUUGUUUGUCCCUGCUUUUCUUUCUUGUGCGUUUAUAUGUGUAAAUCAGUCAAUCUCUGUCAACUUCUGUUUGCAAAAUAUGUUUUUCCACGUCUCUCAUCUCUGUGUUUCUGCACUUCUUUACCGAUGAGGAUGACAGCUGAGUUUUCCUCUCUAAGCACACAAUGCGUACUUAUUAAUCUUUACAUCGUGACAAAAUUAAAUAAUUGAACGUGAGGUCAUCUGAUUCAGAAAGUAUUGAGUAGAUAGAAUGGCAAGAAUGAAAUCAGACAAAUUACUUACAGAAUUAUGCCACAUUGGACUAAAAGAAUAGUUACUGAUUACUGAAGGGGGCAAACCUUUACCUUUACCUUUACCUUAAUAUAUCUACUGAAUACAAUCAACUUGUAAUGCUUUAUUACAGGUUUAUAUGAGGGGAAAAAGCCAUGAAGUUAUUGUCGCUGUCUAGUAAGAGCCAUGUAGUUCAAACUGUGUAGAGUUUUCUGCCAAACCCGCCUUUAUAAGUUUAAAAAAAACUGUCUUGUAAAUAUCAUGAAAUAUGGCAGUAUUUAAAAUGCAUUGUCACUAAGCAUGAAGCAAUGCCUUAUUUUUGAGUCAUUAAGAACUGACACUUUGUAGCUACAUGGCUUUCACUGGACAGUGAUCGAGUGUCAAAGGAGAAAAGAGGCUGGAUGUAAACUUAUUGUGAGUAUGAGAAAAUAUUUUGUACUUAAGGUUUGCUAAUGUCCAAUUUUUUCCAACAUUUACACACACUGUCCUUCCAGACUGAAUCCAAACUUUUCAUAUUGCCCUGAAAGUGUGUUUACUCUCUUAAAUACAGCAGAGGUCUGCUGUAAGCCUCUGUUGUUGUAGGGGAGAUUGUACCGUGGCACUAAACAGAAAUGCCUUUUACAAAAUUGGGAGGCAGGAAAACACUCCAGAAUUAUCAAAUGAUUCCCAACUUUUGUGACCGGAUUCGGCUCUGAUUUGAAAAUAUCCUGUAAAGGAUGAAAUGUCGGUCACUGAGGGCUUUAAACAGACCGAUGGCUUGUUUCUUUGUAAAUCUGCCAUCAGUCUCAGUGAACUUGACCUGUGUCUGCUGACCACUCUCCUCUUACUAACCGGUGUGUUAUGAGGCCUUGUAGCAUAAAAUUAAUAGACACCUGUGUUUCAUUUUGUAGAUGUGUGACAGAUGAUUUAUUGUUAGACAUUGGAGUUGUGGGAUACUGUAAUAAAAUGUUUCUAAAUUAUGCACA